AUGAUUUCUAUUUCUGACAUUGAGACAAUAAAUAAGUUUAUUCUUGAAGCUAAUGGAACCCUUGAAAGCAUACAGAAGGCUUUCGUGAGAAAAUUUUCAUAAGAAUAUGGUCCUUAUCUCUACUUUUAUCAAGGGCUUUGCGAUAACGUACAUGAAUUAGAUGAUUUUGUUUUUAGAUAUUCACAAAAGGAUAAAGACUCCUAAUUAUUUACUUGUUAUAUAAUUCUGAAUUGAGACAGUGUUUAACAGAUAUUUCAAGUUAUAGCUAAAAUUAAUUUGAAAAGAAAUUCGUCCAAGAUCCAUAAUUUGUAAUGCAUUAUAUUAAGACUUAUAAGAUAGUAUGCUGGCCUUACAAUAAAGACCCUUUUAGAAGAAUAAGAUAAGUUGGCUAUGAAUGAUAAACAAUUAAAUAAAGAAUCCAUGCCUUAGAAUUCAUCAAAUAAAUUGAGAAAUUGUAUAUCCAUAAAUAGUAAUCCGCCUUAGUAAAAUAUUCAAAAUUAAAAUUUAGAAAAUUGCUCUAACAAUAACAUUUGGACAGGUUAUCCCAAAAAUAAAAUGGAUUUGACAUCGAAUUCUUAAGAUUGAUUCCAAAUAUCGUUUAGACUCGAUUGGAUUGGAUUGAUUUCUAUUAAACUCAUGAUGUUCAAUGGGAUUACUCAUUGUAGAUUAAUUCGGACAAGUUGAGUCAGAUUAAGGAAAUCAUGCAGAAGGCCCAUAUAGAAUAAUUGUCCGAGUAAGAAUUGAAGGUAUGAUGUUCGAUUGAUUUAAUAAGUAAUUUCAGGAGUAUUUGAAGAAAGACAAUAAUAAUUUACUUAAAAAUAGUGGAUUGCUGAAUUUCAAUUUGAGUGACUUGAUUGAGAAGAACUUAAAUCUUGCCUUUUUCCUAUUUUCUAAACAUUUUCCGAAUGCUGAAUUUCUGGAGUAUGAAUAUUUUAAUAGAAAUAGUUUAAUGGAUGCUAUGAUGACAAUUGAUAUUACACCAAAUGCUUUAGAGAUUAUGUGCAUGCUAAUAUAAUAAUUUCAUAUUCCCCAAGAAUACCUUAAUUAUUAUGUGAAUUAUUGUAUAUAAUUCUGCUCAAAUAUAAAAGUACUUCUAAAUAUUUAAAGAAUAGGAAAAAGGACAGUAAGUAAAAAUGAUCAAAUAUUUGACAAUUUUCCUCAAACAUCUGAUCAAUAAAAAGAUGUUGAAGACCUAUGAGCUGUAGACAGAGGUAUGAAAAAAUAAUGAUGAAUUUAGUUGCAAGCCUUUUCCAUUGAAUUUUCUAAUAUAGGAGAAACAUCAAGUCUAUUCAAAUUGAUAAAGAAUGAUUAAUAAUAAUGA